UCACCCAGCCGUCCCCUAAUGAUCACGUCACACAUGACAACAACCGGCGCGAGCGAGCUCUGGAGGAAGCGAUGGCCUCAGAAGAUGAGGUCAGUCUUCUGGUAAUUGUGGUGGAUGUCAACCCAAUUUGGUGGGGUCAGCAGGCACAGAGAGAACCUGAGUUUAAUCUCUCAAAAUGCCUGGAUGCUGUGAUGGUCAUGGCAAACUCUCACUUGGUUAUGACCAGAACCAACAAACUGGCCAUCAUUGCCAGCCAUUGUCAGGAGAGUCACUUUCUGUACCCAAACAAGCACUGGAAAGCGGGGGACGUUGCAGGGGAUGAGGUGUCGUCUGGCAGUGGUGAUGGCAAAUAUGAGCUCCUGUCUGUAGCGAAUGAUCUCGUUGCUGAGGAGAUCAGGAAUCUCAUGGCUAGAACACAGGUAAAAGGUCACCAAACGGACACCUUACUGGCUGGAUCUCUCGCCAAAGCUCUCUGCUAUAUUCACAGAGUCUCUAAAGAACUGGAAGCUGGCCAAGACAUGAAAUCCAGGAUAUUGGUGGUUAAAGCAGCUGAGGAUUGUGCUCUGCAGUACAUGAACUUCAUGAAUGUAAUCUUUGCUGCACAGAAACAGAAUAUUCUGAUUGAUGCAUGUGUUCUGGACUCUGACUCGGGUCUUUUGCAGCAGGCUUGCGACAUAACUGGAGGCUUGUACCUAAAGAUUCCUCAGAAGGCCGCACUAGCUCAGUAUUUACUGUGGGUAUUCCUGCCAGAUGCAGACCAGCGUUCCCAAUUAGUUCUUCCACCCUCAGUUCAUGUGGACUACAGAGCAGCAUGCUUCUGUCAUCGCAACCUCAUAGAGAUCGGCUACGUUUGCUCGGUUUGCCUGUCGAUAUUCUGCAACUUUAGUCCUAUCUGUACAACAUGCGAGACUGCCUUCAAGAUUCCCUUACCACAGAUGAUGAAACCAAAGAAGAAGAAACUUAAAACUGCAAAUUAACUCAGCUCACUGCAGCCACAACUUGCUGCAGCCUCGAUACCUCUAAUAUUGGUGUAUAAAGCGUUUUUAUUUUUUAUGUGAAUAUUUUUGUAGAAGUAAAACAAAAACUCAACUGCACGUUUACACCAAGGGUCGGUUUCCAGACAAGUUAUCAGAUUAGGCCUAGUCCUGAACUACACAGCAUUCUGAAUGGAGUAUCUACUGAAAGAAGAAGCAAUGUAGUCCAGGAUUAGGCCUAAUCCCUGUCCAAGAAAUCUGAUCAGUGUUUAAGGUAGUAAAUACAAAAACUCGAAAAUGAGAAAUCUCACACUUUUGUACUGUAAAUUGUAAAUAAAGUUAAAACAUUUCAUACUGCCA